UGGUCCUGAGCUCUGACUCCACAGCUCAGAUCAGACCGGGAACAGUCCGGACAGGGUCGCGCGCGCGCUUGGAUCAGAUCCCCUCCUGUUUCUCAUUCCAGAUUUAGGUUUUUUUUAUUUUUUCCCAGCGUCACAGUUUGGACUCAUGACGGAGCGCGUUUUGACACAACAAGGAUAAUUUGAAUUAAUGAUGGUUCGGUUCAAACGGAGCAGAAACAGCAGCUGAGGUUUCUUCCAGAGUCUUGACUGCGUUGACACAGCGUGAUGGAAACGCAUGAGUGCGCGGUGCUGAAACUUUUUGUUGUUGGGAUUUUGGUCAAUGUCUGGAUGAUGAAAGGGCUGUCAGCUGCUGAUGGUUUCAGUACAGAGCCCACUGUGCCCCGGCCGAGGAAACCCUGCAACGAGUCCCAGCUGCAGUGGGAGGUGGAGGUGUGCGGCGAGUACUUCAAGCGGGACAUGGCUCAGAUAGAUCCACAGCACUGGUGUAACCUCACACACUUCAUCAGUGAGUAUCACAUCUUCACACUCUGCACGGAGACAAAGUCCCAAUUUGUGCACUGCUACUGGCCCAAUCCACUGGUGGAGACCUACAUUAUCCACAUACACAAGCACUUUUUCUCCAACUGCACCAUGGAGCACAUAGUGUGGGUGGACCCGCCGGAAAAGACGCUCACCAUCCUCAUCCUCAUCCCCGUUUUCCUCACAAUGGCCAUGAUCGCCCUGGUCGUCUGGUGCAGCAAGAGGAGCGACAACCUGGCCUGAAGAGGAGAGGAAGAUGGACGAGGAUUAAGUUCCAGCUUUUCACUGAAACACCACAACAAUCUGUAGACAACAAAGGCGAGCGUAGAGGAUUUGGGAGAUUUGUCAGUGUGUCAGAUAUCCUAUAAUUGGCUCUGCGAACCACCACAGAUGCCCACUACGGAGAGCAAUCCGUUUUUUUUUUUUUUUUAUAAAACCGCCUCUCUAUAUAUAUUUUUCUUUUUAAAAAAACAAAACAAAAAAAGAAACACCUUGCAUUGUUUAACUUUUGAAAAGGCAACAGGAAGUGUCUCUCUCACUAAAGUCCAGGUUCAUAUCAACAACACUUUGGUUAAGGUUCGUGAAAGAUGGCGAGUUGGGUUGAGUGUAAAUAAACAGGUUGUGUCUGAAGUCACUGUAUUAACCUUUUUCUGUAUUAAACCAGACCAUGAGGUUUUACUAACCUAAACCAAGUGCUGUGAGAGUGUCAAAGCAACUCAUCCUCCGUAUAUCAAAUGAAGAGUGUGCUGUUUCCUGUUGUAAUGUACUUGUACAGAAACAUAAUUACUAGGAGAACACCUGAUGGGUACCACCGGUCUGUGAAAUAUUAAGACACAAUCACUGGCAGGUUGAUCUUGUUUACCUCGAGCAAAGCUCGCUCUGUCGCAUAUCAUCACAUCCCAUCAGCCUUUUACAGCAUCUCAUCAACAUACUAUCACAUCAAGGUGUGGCCUACAGUGAGUAACACACUUCACUUGUCAGCGUCACAUUAACAAAGCUUAGAAAAAUUCUCUAUCCCAAGACAAAAGUUUUAGUUUGAUGUUUAAAAACCUGCUGUUUGAUGUCUUGUUAUGUUCCGGCAGCUUCUCGACAUAAACCAGAGGCCUGAUAAUCAGUAGAGACUCCAGGCAGACAGUUUAUCACUGGACAAAACCAGACUAUACCUGUUUACCACUGUUGUCAAUCUUAAUCCUCGACUAAACUACCGUGAACCCUUAGCUCCUGCAGCCUAUUCAUCACGCAGGCAUUGGUGGUAUCAAUCUUAGUGUCCCCCUUUUUAUUUUUUUUAUCUUUUAUUUUGGUUUUAUUUUGCUAGUCUGGUUUAAUAUUUAUUUUUUGUGAUGCAGAGCUCUCCUUUAAAGUGUGGUGAAUGUGUGUCACAGAGGGUGUUGGCGGUUUCGAUGUCGUCGUCACUUAUCAGGGACAAAUGACCAAAUCUGUGGGUUCUCGAUCAUUCAGCUCAUGGACUCGGCACCGUGGAGCUCGGGGGAUUCUUCUCAGAGCACUGUAUUGUUGUUGAAGGCCAAAGAAUCCGUCAGAGGCAGCGACUGAACUGUAAACCGGUGGACAAAAGACUCCCCCGUGGACAAUUUGAAUAUGAUCCUAUGUGACAACUUGGAGAGAUGAAAGAAAAGGUCAAAUUUGGACUCAAUGUUGAUCCUGCAAGUUUGAUCUUACUGUUGAGUUUGUGAAUAAACUGUUGCCAAUGGAUAUAAAAAAAACACUGGUGUUAAACCCAAAGAGAAGGCAACACUAAUAUUUGUGUAUUUUGGGACUUUAAUUUCUUGUGUGACUACCUGAGCCCCUUUGGACUGUUCUAUAACAGUGUAAUUUAUCACAUCCUGUCAAAUAAAUGAAUACUCAAUGAGAGAGCGAGGGUCUCAGUGGAAACAAAAACAACUAUGAGAUGAGAUCAAGACCUCGUACUGUAAAGUUAUACUCUGUCCGUGCUGUCUACUGUAUGUGCAUCGCCUCUUCUGUGUUACACACGUGUGAAAAAAUGGAUUUAUCAUACUGUGCACACUCUUCAGUUCUUUAAACACAAGGCAAACUAAACACAGCAAAGGUUACUUUUCUUUUUCCACGUCCGCCCACAGCGUUAGACAUCUGUGUUUGUCACUUUUCAUAUCAGCCGCUGGCGCUGAAACACUGAUUAAAUAUCAAGUCUCUCUUAA